AUGAGCGAGAACGGCAUGUGGCUCGUACAGCUGCCUACUUACUAUGCGAGCCCAGAAAAUAGUAGAAAUGCUUCACCAAGAUAUCACGAUGCAUCGAUGGACGAUGCAUCGGAUGCUGGCUCUCUGUUCCGGGUGACGGGCACUGGCGGCGCUGGGAAAAACGAGCUGGUGGCGCGGGGUGGAAGCGGAGGCGCCCUAGCGCUAUCUCGCGCGCCCGUUGGUGGCAGCGCGAGCCCCGCGCCCGCACCAUUGCCGCAGCCAGCGCCGUCGCCCGCACCCGCCGCGCUGCCGCCGCCCGCGCUACCCCCGCCGCCCUUCCGCGCGGACACACCGCACCGGCCCAACGGCGCGCAUAUCCCCGCGCUCGAUGGCCACGCCGCCACGCAGAUACCUUCUCGACCCGUCGGCGCCGCGGGCCCAGACACCCCCGAGCGGCCCGCCAGCAACAACAAGCUGCAGCCGGGCGCCCGCGCUGCAGCCGACAGUCCCACACCGGCCCCGCCGGCGCCGCCCGCGCCUUCCCCGCUCUUCCCCUCGCACACAGCUUACCAGGCGCACGCGACCGCCGCGCUGCCCGACUACCGGCACACGAAUCAUGAGACGCGGACGGAGGCGGGCGAUCCGGGCGCCGCGCCGCUGGACCUGCACGCGCACCACGCGCCGCGGCCGCACGCGCCUCCCUCACCAUCCCCGCACCCGCAUCCGCACCCUAGUCUCCCUGGCCGUGUGCCGCCGCAAUCACACCCCGUCAUGCCCGGACACGACGUUCGGAAUGCCCCACCCGUCUCGCAACCGCAUCCUUCCAUUCCUUCCUCGUAUCCGAACCGCAUCGGCAGCGUACCCCAAACCGCGCCGCUCGCCGCUCCCUCCUCCAACUCUACCUGUCUUCCGAAUCAAAACGUACCUGGCCGGCCCCACUCACCGAAUGCCCCGACUUCGCGUCCAUACCCCGUUUCGGCUAUCGGGUCUAGUCAUGUAAACUCCAGUCUAAGUUCCAGUGUUCACAGUCAUUCGAUACCUUAUCAAAGUCAAACGAGUUUACAGAAACAUUCCGUUCAAUCGGUUUACGCGAAUCGACCCUCGCAUCUUUCGACGUUCAGCGUAUCUAAUCAUAUUUCCUCCAAUCACAUACAAUCUUCUACAGCUAACCAACAGAUGCCUACACAUUUGAGCCAUUCGAUCAACAGUCAUUCCAUUAUAAGUCACCAAAACAAUAUUCCCAUGAGCAACUCCAAUCCGUUAGCGACUUCCACUCCGAAUCACACCAGCUCGCCACUCUCUCUGGCAACCACGACAGCUAGUUCAGUAUCGAGUUACAUGGGCUUAAAACACCCGGGUCUCAAUUUACCUCCUCACUCUACGUCCCUUGGGCCACCAGUCUCCAUUAUACAGUCCGUGAAUCACGUGGAUGCUCCAACGACGACUAGCGCACCGGCAAUAGUGGCUUCCUCGAGUAGUAACAAUCAUCCACUGGCGCCACCGAUCAUUGAUUCAAGGCAGACGGCAGUAUCGUCAAGUGAACUGCCGUCGAGAAGCGAAGGCCCAAUCAUCAGCAGUUCACUUUCCUCCAACGGCUUCCCACCACCGGCUGUCUACUCUGGGAGCUCAUACCCGCCACUCUACGCGCCUUACGCUACUACAUUACAACAUAGUCCCUAUUUACCACCCGCGGCUGCGUCACCUAGAAACACUACCGACACGAGAACAACUCUGUCAGCGUCUCCGCUGGUGGCGCCUAAGACGCCAAAGGGCGUGCGACCGCACACACCAGGCUCGCUAGGCGCGGCGGGGGCUCACGCGCCGCUGUCCUACUCACCGCGCGGUCACAGCCCAGGGAGGGAGCGAGAGAGUUACAGCAGCAACAUCAGCAGUUUGUCACGAAGUACACCAGCGUCGGCGGCGAGUGCGCCAGUAUCAGCAUCAACGCUGACAACGCCGCUUGCCGCUCCGUUAGCAGCACCGCUCGCCGCUCCGCUCACCGCACCGCUCGCUGCCCCGCUCGCCGCCCCGUUGGCUGCCCCGCUCGCUGCACCAUUACCGACACCGUUGGCAGCUCCACUUACGUCAUCUCUGGGCGGGCUGGGCAGCGGGUUGGGCAGCGGGUUGAGCAGCGGUCUGAGCAGUGGACUUGGAGCGGGGCUGACGGCUCCGCUGGCUGCGCCCACGCCCACGCCGGCCGCGCCGCCCGCGCACCUCACGCACUCGCUCGCGCCCGUGCCCACCGUGCCCAGCAUUAGCUCCAGUGCCAAGCCGCCCGCGCACUGGGGGGUAACCAGGCCAACGGCAGCGGACCGUACAGCUUUUCCACCAGCACCGCCGCUAUUCGGAGCACCGCUUGCGCCGCCUAAUCCCAAUCCGUUCUCAGCUGAAUCACUUUUUCAAUCCAGCCCGGGCGCGGACCUGCUACGUCGCGAGCUAGACAACCGGUUCCUGGCGGCGGCGGGUGCGGUGGGCGUGGGGUCGGUGGGCGUGCGGACGGAGCUGCACCACCACCAGCACCAGCACACGCACGUGCACCAGCACCCGCCGCACGCGCCGCCCGCGCCUCACGCGCCGCACGCGCCGCACGCACCGCACGCGCCGCACCACCCCCACCAACUGCUCGUGCCGCACUCGCCGCUGUACAAAGAUAUGGGGAAAAUGACAUCACUUUACCGGACAGGGCUGGGUCUUGGUUAUCCAUACUCCUCAAGUUUGUUACAUCCUACUGCGCCUUACGUACCUCCAGCACCACUCACUACUUAUGCACCUAAGAAAACUGGCAAAUGGAACGCAAUGCACGUUCGCAUCGCGUGGGAAAUCUACAACCAUCAACAGAAAGAGAAGUCGGGCGGCGGCGGCGGCGGCGCGCUGUCGGGCGGCGACAAGGACAAGCUGCGAGCGUUCCCGGCGCCCGCGCCGCCGCCGCCCACCUACCGCUCGCCUUACGAGCUGCCGCCCGCGCCCUACCUGCCGCACCACCCGCACCUAGGGGUGUCGCCGUUCGCGCGGUACGGCGCCGGCGCCUAUCCGGGGGCGCCGACCGCGUUCGGCCUCUCGCCGUACGGCCGCGACCUGGCACUGUCCUCGUCGCUGCACGGCGUGCACCACGCGCCGCCCCUGGGUGCGCUGCACGACGCGUGGCGCGGCGUGCGCCCGCCCGUGUCGGCCGCCGCCGAGGUGCGUCGCGAGCACGAGGAGCGCGAGCGCGCGCGCCGCGAGCGGGAGGAGCGCGAGAGGCGGGAGCGCGACGAGCGCGAGCGGCGCAAGGCGCGCGAGCGGGAGAUGGAGCGCGUCCGCACGCGCUCGCCGCUGCGCAACGGCGUGCCGGAGCCUCCCAAGGACGAGCGCAAGGAGCCACCGCGCCCGCCGCCCGCGUUGCCCACGUACCCGCCGCCACCGCCCUGGGACCCGUACCGCUCCUUCGACCCGCUGCAGCACAUGAGGUUCGCGCCGCUCGUGGAGGCCGCCAUCCGCGCCGAGGAGGACCGCGCGAAGAUGUUGAGCGCGUAUGCGCACCACCAGCAGCUGAAGUCGGGCCCGCUGCUGCACCGGGGGCUGCACGGCGCGCACGCAGGGCACGCGGCGCACGCGCACGCGGCGCACGGCGGGCACGGCGCGCACGGCGGCCACGCGGCGCACGGCGCGCUGCCGCUGGGCGCGCACGGCCCGCUGGCGCCCCUCGCGCCGCUCGCGCCGCCGCUGGCGCCCCUGGCCCCGCUCGACCUGCUCAAGAAGGAGGAGCCGCGAUGA